AUGUCACAAUUGAAAAAAUUCCAAUAAGCAGACUUUCAACUCGUUUAUCCACUUAACAAUAAGACUUCGAUGCAAAAGAAAGGAGCUGAGCUCUUCAUAUGCAAAUUAGUCAAUCCUUAGAAGAAAACCUAAAAGGAAUUAGUGGAUGAAAUGGAUUAGAUGAAAAUUCGAUUAUCUAAAGCAGGCAUUUACAUUCCUGAAGGAUAUUGGGAAGAGAAGCAGGCACUGUGUCUGGUUUAUAAGAAAUUUAAAUGUUCAAUGGCAGACUUAAUCAAAUAGCAUAAGAGACAAGGGGUGUAUAUCCCAAUGAAUAAAAUGCAAACUUACGUAAAUGAAUUCACGAAUUGGGUUGAUAAAAUCCAUAAAUCCAAGAAGGGUGACAAUCAGAGAUACUUCCAUGGGAGAAUCAAACCAUCAAAUCUAUUCGAGGAUGAAGAGAGCGAAUGUGUAGUAACAGACUUCACUUAAUUCUCUAAUGAGAAUAACGAAUUAUAUUUGCCACCUGAAUCCUUGGCUGCAAUAAAAAAGAAUUAAAGUUAGAGAUUUGCUUCUGGCAGUUCAGCCGUAGAUUUGUUGGGAGGAGAUCCAGUCAAAGUUGAUAUUUGGUAAUUGGGUUUAACUUUUCUUUAGAUGGCUUCAUUAAAAGACAUUGAAGAAUUGAUAAUCUUUAGAGACUCUAAUACUUAAGAUUCUGCCAAAGCAAUUGAAAUCAAAGAGACAGUCAAAAAGUUGUAUGGAUAACAUUUAUACAAUGUGAUAGAAAGAAUGUUGGAAAGGAAUCCCUCUACAAGGUCUCCAAUCCAUGAAUUGGAAGACACAAUCUAAGAUUUCUUCAGUGAUAAUGUCAUCCAGCAUGAUGAGAAUCUGCUUUAACCCAACCCUGAAUUGUUAUUGGAUGAAUUAAAAUAAAAAGUCACCUAAUAGAAGUAACAGACAGUUGUUUAAUAUUUGUCCAAAUAUCAAUUGCAACCAGUCAGUAGAAAAAUAAAAGCUACAAAUUUCUGGGAUGCCUUAGAAGAUCUCAAGAUAUCUAUUAGUUUUAAAGAAAAAGCAAUUUUAUUACAAACAUACGAUGUGCAAAAGACCGAUGAAAUUGAUCUUUCAUCUUGGAUUCAACGACAGAAAGAAGUAGUAAAACUGGGAGAAUUGAGUUAGGCAUAGGAUCACGAGUUAUUUGAAAUGUUAAAAGACAUUAAUACUUAUUUAGAAGAUAGCAACAUAAAUUUGAUCGAAAUUUUGAAAGCAAGUGACUAAGAAUAGUUGGGAAUUCUACCUUUUGAUAAAUUCGAUAAUAUAAUCAGAUAGGAGGGAAUAAACCUAAAUCCUGAAGACAUUCCCCUCCUGAAAAUGAAGUAUGAUCCCAAUAAGAAGAAUACCAUUUAUUAUGAAAGCUUUUGCGAUGAUAUCAAAUCGACGAAUUAACAAUAAUUAGGAGUGGAUGAUUUAAAAAAAAAGAUGUAUAAAGCCAUAAGGGAUGUGUAUAAUGUGUUUAUUUCAUUUUUCCGACAUUACGAUAGCAAAUCAAAAGGAUAUUUGGGAUAUGAUGAUAUUUACAAGUUUUUCAACGAGAUCAAAUAUUAACCCAAUCCUGAGAUUCUAAAAUAAGUAUUGUUUAAUCUAGACCCAGACAAUAAAAAAAUGAUUAGUUUCGACAAUGUGAGAACGUACUUUGAUGCCAAUGUGAAUGAAGAUUUGAAAGAUAUUUUGACUCAACUUGUCAAUGGUCUCCUUAGGAUAUAGAUGACUUUGCCUUAAUUAAUUAGAUCUAGCACAAAAAGUAGUAGUAUUAUAUCCUAAAGCUAAUUUUUCAAUGCUCUCAAACAAUCCAAUGAUCAUCUUCGUUAAACAGAUUUCUAAUUCCUGCUAAAUACUUUUGGGGUAAAGGAGGAAAUUGAAUAUCCUCGUUUUGUAUAGGCAAUUGCUUAAAAGGCAAGAGAAUUGCAUGUGUAAAAUUGGAAACAACUUUAAGAGGCUGACGGAGGAGAUAGCGUUCAAGAAAGAAAGAGCAAUUUCGAUGACCCAGAGUUAUCAUUACAGAAAUCCAUUAACUUCAAUCCUAAAUCAUUUGAUAGUUAAAAAAAACUGUUGCAAUUCAUCUCUAAAGAAUUAUAAGAGAAGGAUGAAACUCCUAGAUAAUAUUUCAAAUGUACAUUUCAACGAAUGUCGAUUCAAUAAUUUAAGGAUAAAUUGCGUUAAUUACAAGUGCAUAAAGCAGAUUUUGAGGUUGAACAGGAGGAAUUGAUUAAUAAUCUUUUGGUACCCAAUGAUAGAACAUUUGUCGAUAUUGAUUUACUAAUAGAGGCCAUUCUUUAUUAUAAGGAUAAAAGAAAUGACUAGAUUAGGUUUAGUCAACAUAAUGCAGUGAUCUUUUUUGAGCAACUUAAUAAAAUGAUGAAAAAAAAGAAAAUGACUUAUACUGACAUUGAAGAUUUAGAUUCUUUGGGGGAUGGUACCUUAAAGAAAAAGCAUCUGCAAGAUUAUUUAGUUAAACAAUUGUUGAUAGAUUCAGAAGAUGAAAAAUUUAAAGAUUUUUUAAUUUGCAUUUAACAAGAUCAAUAAAACAUAUCCUUAAAUAAAUUGAGACAAGGCUUGAAAUUAGACGAGGCAGCUAAUAAAUUACUACAAGAUCUCAACACUGAAUUGGCAUACGAAUAAAGUAAGCCAGAAUAAUUGUUUAGAAAGUAUGAUGCCAAUAGAAAUACAAAGUUGGAAAUGAGGGAGUUUUAAGAAUUUUUAUAAUAAUUGGUAGGCAAUGUAGAUUAGAAGAUAUUGGAGACACUGUUCCAUAAAUUUGAUGCAAAUAAUGAUAAUACAAUUAAUCUAAACGAAUUUAAAUAGAAAAUUAUUAAUUAGAAUGAUGAAAAUCCAAAAUAGAAUUAACAAUAAAAUAGACCAAAAUAAUAAUAUUAAUAAGAAUAAUAUUAAGAACCAUAAUAAUAAUUUAGAAGAACUAGUGCUGUCGAUUCCAAGGUAUUGACGCCUUAAAUUAUGAAAUCAGUAUUCAGACUCAAAGAUGCUUUGAAUGAAAAUAAUUAAACCUUACAAAUUUUUGAUAAAAGAGGUAGAGGGGAGAUAUUAAUUAACGCAUUCCAAGAUAUUAUUAAUCAUUUUGGAUUCGACUAUGCUGAAUUUAGAAGUUUAGCAUCAUAUUUAUAAUCACCUGAUGAUAAAAAGUUUUUGUAAUAUGAAAAGUUAUAAUUACUUUUAGAUGAUUGUGUAGAAGCCGAAUAACUAUUAUUGGGUCUCAAUCAAACUAUCUCAGCAGGUAAAAAUGCUACAGCUUAACUGUUUUAUAAUUAUGAUCAAAAUGGAAAUGAUGUUUUAGAUAGACAAGAGUUUAAUAAAUUGAUCCAUGACAUUGAUCCUUCCAUAAAGAAUAAAUAAAUUGAUAACCUAUUCCUAUUGCUUGAUUCCAAUGGUGAUGGUUCAAUAAGUAUCAGUGAAUUCAAAGCAAAGGUUUUUGCUAAGGAAAAGCCAAAAGUACUAUCUCAAGAUAACAAACAAUAAUCAGGAGGAAUGUUCAAUGAGGUUAUUAAGUUUAUUAAGUCAUCAGCAACCAUAUUGGGAGAUUUUGAGGGAAUGGAUGAAGAUUGCACCAAUAAAUUAGAUGUGGAAAGCAUUCUUUCGGUAUUAAAAAAGAAUAACGGACCUACUCCUCAAACACUUGAAAUGAAAGGAAUUGCCGAUUAAUUGGGUGCAUUGUAAGGCAAUUAAAUCAAUUAUAAGAUGCUUUAUUAAAAAGCUAAGCAGCAUCAUAUAGAUACGCCUUAGAAUAAAAUAGAUGCAAUCUUAACUAAGUUAAGAGAGCAAUUGUAAUAAAAAUAUGUCAGUGUUAUUGACAUAGCCUAAGAGUUUGAUCUUAAUAAGAAAGGCAAAGUGAAGCUUAAGGGUUUAAAAUUAGGAAUUGCUGACAAAUCAAUCCAAAUUACAGAUAAUGAUUGGGAUUUGUUAUUGACAAUCUUGGAAUAAGAUGCAUAGGAUUAUAUCGAUUAUAUUGCACUUAAUGACUUGAUUAAUAAAGGAUUGGCAUAGUAUAAGGAAAGUAGAAAGGUUAUCGUGAUCAAUACCAAUUAAGAGAUUGACAAGAUCGUUGUUUCUUUUUCUUAAUAUAUGGAAAAGGAAACAUGCACUUUGCUUUAUUUGUAUAGACAAACCGAUAGAGAUAGGGACAAUUAUAUAUCUAAUGAGGAAUUCACUGACCUUCUUUUGAGAACAAUCGGAUAUUCAAGUUCAUAGGAUGUGCAAAGGUAAUUGUUUGAAAUCUUUGAUAUGGAUAAGGAUGGAAAAAUAAAUUUUACAGAAUUUGAGUAUCAAGUUUAUAAAAGAAAUGAAUUAACAAAAUAGUAAAUAGAAGAUAUGAAGUUAGUGAUGCUGAAUGGUCGCAAUCCAUAAUUUGAAUAACAAAUUUCAGAAUUAUUUAAUAUCAUAUCUUAAGGCAGUUAAUCCAUAGAAUUCAAAUAAUUUACAAUGUAUAUGAAUUAUUUCAAGAAGUAUAAGAUCUUGGAAUUAGAUUAAUUCUUCAGGUAUUUUGAUAAAGAAUAUGCAGAACGAUUAGAUUAAUUUAGAUUUAUUUUAUCAUUUAAGUAAUAAUAAACUCGAAUUACUCUAUAGUAUGAGUAAAUUCCAUAAUAAUAACCUUAUCCACCUGGACCUAAUGGAUAUUAACAAUAACCAAAUUAGUAAUACUAAUAAUAAUAACCAAAUUAAUAAUAUUAAUAAUAAUAAUAACCAAAUUAAUAAUACUAAUAAUAAUAAUAACUAAAUUAGCAAUACUAAUAAUAAUAAUAAUAGCCAAACUAGUAAUAUUAAUAAUAAUAUUAAUAGCAAUAAUCAUAUUAAUAAUCGCAAUAAUAAUAAUUAUAAUAAUAAUAAUAUUAGUCUUAAUAAUUUUAAUAACCAAAUCAAUUCUAAUAAUCGCCUAAUCCAUAGUAAUUCUAAUAGUCUUAUGGUAAUUAAGGAUAUCAAUAAUAACCAUAAUAUAUGCAAUAGUAAUAAAAUUAAUUUAAGAAUUAAAAUGAUCCUCCAAAUCCAAUGUUGGGUUCUUUUAAUCCAUCAAAUAUAUCAUAAUCUAUUGUCUACCCUCCUCAAAAUACUAAUUAUAACUAGUAAAAUAAUUAAGGUGAUAAUGAAAUAAAAUAACAAUGGGUGUAGAAUAACAAUAAAAUCGAUUAACGAUGGAGUUAGGCAUCCGAUCAAUAAAUGUUUCCACCCAAAUAAGGUCCAGACCAAUGGAAAGAUAGCAAUGACAGAUAGCCAGAGAAUCAGUAAUCAAUAAUUCCCCAAGAAUAUGAUCUAAGUUUUUAUGAUUAAGAAUUGCAUAGGAAAUGUAUCUAGAAAAAUGUCGACCUUUUCGAUGUAUUGUGUUAGUAUGAUGAAACUGCUUUACCAGAAUUGAAGAUAUCCAGGCCAGAGUAAUUGGAAUAGGCAUUUUUGUUUUUAGAAGUUAUGGCACCGACUCCACAUAUCCAAUAAUUCUACUAUUAUUAUUCGCAGGGAUAAAAUUAAAUGAGUAUUGUGUUGCCUUAUCUAAAAAUGAACAACCCUGGAAAACUAUUAGCCAAAGCACUCAACUUUACAAUGGUCAAACAUUAAUAGUAUACAAAACAAUAACUAUGGAAUUUGAUAGGAGAAUAAUAACAAACUUGGCAAAUGCCUUAGCUAAUAAAAAUUAACAAAAAUCUUAAGAUUGGGUUGAAUGAAAGAGAACUAAGAGAAGCAUUUCAAUAUUGGGAUACUCAAUAAUCAGGAGUGAUUACUUAUAGGAUGUAUGACGAUAUAUUAAAUUUGAAUCAAAUCAUUGUGCCUACAAAGAAUAAUAAUCCUUUGCAAUAGCAAUCAUAAUAGAUGGAAAUAGGAUUGAAAUAAACUUUAGAUGCAUUUUUAUUACACUUAUCUGAAGUGGUGCUUUCGAAGAAUUGCUUUAAUUUGUUUGAAUAAUUUGAUAAGAAGGGAUAUAAUUAAAUACCUUACAAUGAUUUCUUACAAAUCAGUAAAAGGCUAUUGGGAACUAUUUCAGGAGAAGAGAUAAAGGCAAUCAAGCAAACAUUACAAUUAAAUGGAUUUAUCAAUUUAAGUGAUUUGGCUCAAUCCUUAAAGGUUGAUAGAAGCAAAACAGGAUAAUUUAAUUAGGAUGAUGAGAAAUAAUAAUUUGGAUUGGCCAAUAAAGAUUAAAGAAAGAGUAUACUCAAUACACAAAACAAAGAAAAGUUUACAAAAAUGUUACCAAUCAUAAAUGAAUUCUUGAAAAAGAGAAAUAAAUCAUAUGAUGACUUUGCACUUUACUUUUUCCCUCCUAAUUCAGCCAGUACCAUCGAUAAAAAUAUAUUUGUCAAAAAAGCACUUGAAGCUUAAUUUGGAUUAACAGCCAUUUAAUGCGAAGACUUAUACGAUUAUUUAGAUGCAAAUUCAAGUGGAAAUAUUUCAAUAAAUGAAUUUAGACUAGUGUUCUAAUCGAAAUAAGGAGAUAAUAACAAAAACAAGGCUGAAUAAAUUAUCAUGAGUUAAGAUAUUGAGUAAGAAAUCCAAGAACUAUUCAAUUAGAUUGAUGAAAAUAAAAAUUAAUCUCUAGAUUAAAGGGAAUUACUUAAAGCAUUAUAAUCAGUAGGACUCAACCCAGGCACUGAAGAAUUAACUUAAUACUUUGCAUAAUUUGAUAGAGACAAAAGUGGGACCAUAUCUUACCAAGAGUUUUCGCACAUUGUUAAAGAUAUACUAAAAAAAGAAUUAUUAUAAGCAGAUGAUUUAUUAGAAGAUCUAAGAAGAGAGUUUAGAUAAGUUUGUAAUCCAACAACAAGAAUGCUAUCAAAAGAAUAAGUUAGCUAAGUAUUUUAAAAUAUGGGAGUUCAAAUAAAAAACGAAGAACUUGAGGACUUGUUUAUUGAAAUAGAUGAGGAUAAGUCAGGUUCAAUUGAUAUUGAUGAGUUUAUUUACUUUAUUUAGAAGAAUUAAUCAGGAAUGUCAGCAAAGGCAUCCGCUGCUGUUAUGAACAUUAAGGGUAGUCGAAGAAUAUCAUUGCAUGAUUUAAAGGAAAUAUUUUUGACAUUGCCUUAAAACUUUAUCAUGAGUUUUGUACGCAGUCAAAAUAAAAAAUUACAAAAUUUACCUUCAUAAUAAUUGAAACCUGUCUUAGACAAUUGUGGAUUUUUCUAUUAAGGAUUAAAUUACGUAGAUGCUGCCAAUUUCAAUAUAAAAUAGAGUAUUCUUGAUAAAGUUAAUAUCAAAAACAAUUAUAUAGCUGAAAUUCGAAUGAUUGAGGCAACUGGAAUACCAAUUCCAGAUGAAAAAGAUGUCCCCAGAAGUUCCUUUUUGAGAAGAGAAGUAGGAAUUAUACUCAUGGAUAAAGCAUUAAAUAAAUUUGAUGGCAAUGCUAUUUAUAUUCCUGCUCAAUGGAACUCAGAAUACGAAGACAGAUGGAUCUUCGAUUCUGCUGCAAUGGAAUAAGCGAUGUUUUUGAGAUGGGGCAAUUUCGAUGAGAAAAUGGAUAAUAUGAUAGAGUUGAUUUUCGAGUUUAUUACUUAUUCAACCAAUAAGGGUAGAUUAAUUCAAAUAUCUUGUGCUUAUGGAUCUAUUCCUGUUUAUUAACUUAAACCAGGUAAAUAACUAUUGGAAUUAAAGGGAGGUGCUCCUCUCAAAGAUAUAACCAUCGACAAAAAGGAUAUCAGAACCAAUAGAAGUGGGUGGAGGUCUGUUGUUAAAGCACUAUCUUCCAACAUUAAAUCAUAAUUGGUAGUUGAGGUAGUAAAAUUGACUCCUUAGACUAUUUUUAAAUUAUCAGCUUUACCAAACAAGUGUCUCUUAAAUAAGUGGGCUUUGGGGAUGCAAUCAGCUUUUAGGGAAUAUUUUGCUUAUAGGACAUAAAUGAAGGGGGAAAUUGAAUUGAAUUUGGCAAGCGAUAUAAGAAUCAAAGCUUGGUUAAAUUGUUUUGAUUGCCCAGACACAAUAAGGGCAGUGGCUCAAUUUUGGAAUGAAUUUAUAGAACCUAAAGUGAAUGAUCACCAAUUCUUAUUAAAAGCAGUGUCUAAGAUGGCAGAUUCCUUAUAUUUGAUGUUUAAGAACACAGAGUUUAAAUUUUCUGCUGGGGAUCCUACUGCCAGAAUUGACCAUGAUAUGGCUCUGCUUAAAAAGAGACAACAAUUGAUUACUGAUGCCAUUCUGGAUAUGAAAACUAAUUUAGGUAUUGGCAAUCAAUAACAGAAAAAGCAAUAGGCUGUAGUUAGUUUGGAGCCAUUAAAUAUAGAGGAGAUGAUGGAUUUAGAAAAUGACUAAGAUUUACAAGCAAUAGAGAGAUUUUUGAAUAAGAAAAAACCAAAAAAAUAACCAUAAUAGUAAUGA